CAGGCACGACCCGGAGUCACUAUCGCUUCAUCAAAAGAAUCGCUUCCGAACUGGAAGCACCCACACGAAAUCCGCCUCUGGCACACAGAGCGCCGCUCCAGGGCAGAAAUGAACACCGCUUGAUUCCCGACGCCUUCCAGCCUUGUCCGCCAGAAAUUUGAGUCGUUACCGGUUCACAUCGAGCUCACCAUGGCGUCAUUCAUGAAUCUACUGCCUGUUGAGACAGUCAACCACAUCGUUCAGUACCUCGGCACCAGCGACGCCAACCGCUUUGGGCAAACUUGCAAGGGCGCAUACAGCAUCACGAACCCCAUUGUCUACAAGGACAAUGUCCCUGCGAAGACCAAGCGAGGUCCUGUUACUUGGGGGGUCGUCACGGGUCAACUUCGAGUCAUUGAGAUGGCAGUGGCCGCCGGGGCAGAUGUAUCUGCGCCCGACUCUCUGGACAAGACCAGAUCCGUGGAACUUGGUGUAAACGCACCUUCCUCAAACCCAUUUACCGACGGUAUGAUGGGCUGUAUGACCUAUAUGAAGGCAAACGCGCUGAGCAAGGGAGAACUUCUCGGCAACUGUACCGGCAUUGUUUGGACCCUAGAGUUCCAGAAACGUGACCUUCCACACCGGCAUAUGUUGGUACUUUUGGAUGCAGAGAUCCAGCGGACUUACCUGGAGUCUGAAGUUGGCAACAUGCUGGGAUUUGGCAUCAGAUUGUACAUCCGCGGACUUGUUUUGGCUGUCUCGGCCACAAGGCACAUCGUCCGUACCUAUACGCUCCCUGUGACACACGGCGUGGCAUGCGUCCAAACUGAGCUGGUACCAAAGAAAGACGUCAACCCCGCCCUUCCUCCCAGCUGGAUGUUGGCUGGAGAGGGAGUGGUAGGGGAAGAACCCCUUGAACCUGCUCAACGUUUGAUCACCCACCCUCAGACACCCCCACGCCCAGUCCUCUAUUCUUGGACGUGGGAGGAGAGUCGCCAUUGCUCGCGUGAACACCGGUCCACUCCCAGUCAUGAAGAAGAUGCUUCGGUGUCUACCUUUGCCGACUUGACGGGAGCUUCUCGUGCUCGUGCUAAUGUAUUGCUGCAAUCGGGUAUUUGCUCUUGCUGACAAACCACAACUUUUUGCUUCACGACUGCUCUCAACACAACCAACUGACCAUGACUACUACUGCUACGUCGGAAGCGCAGUCCGGAGCGCAGUCAUAUUCACUUGCCCAUACUUUAGAGCGUAUCAGUUCUAUACAUUUUUUGGAUCGCCUCAGAGUCAAUCUCGCCGCAGCCCCGUCUCCGGCUACAUCACCGCCAGAAGUUACACCUCCCGGACGUGCCACUCCGGCAGGAUGGCACCGCCGCGGACUUGCCCCCCAACCGCAGAGGUAGCUAUACACCCUCGAGAAACCCGCGAGUGGCAUGCGGUCAAGGCUGGAAUUCUUCGACUCGGUCCUACUAUACGAUAUGAACAGUCGGAUACAGGUUGCUUGACCCAGAUCAGGCCCCUUCGUGACUCUAAGAAAGGCCGACACAUAUCCGC